UUUCUCAUACCUCGAUGUUUUGAAAAAAUGCAGUGCUGCCACUACGAUCGAAAUGCGGUCACACUAGACAGCUGAUUUUUUCCAACUGGAAGAUUUGCUUUGCACACUGGACAAAGGAAAUGUCCCAUUUGUCGGCUUAUCCAGCAUAUACGUCAGUCUAAACAUGGAGAAAAGCUGCAGUAUUGGCAACGGACGGGAGCAAUACGGCUGGGGACAUGGCGAACAAUGCGGCACGCAGUUCCUUGAAUGUGUCUACAGGAACGCGUCCAUGUACUCUGUUCUGGGCGAUCUGAUCACAUACGUGGUGUUCCUGGGGGCUACGUGCUACGCAAUACUUUUCGGCUUCCGACUGUUGCUGUCCUGCGUGCGAAUCGUCCUCAAAGUGGUUAUCGCCCUCUUCGUCAUCCGAUUGCUGCUAGCUUUGGGCUCCGUCGACAUCACAUCUGUUAGCUAUUCCGGGUGAAGUGACCAAUCUGGCGAAUGCCAUCGGGACCACGGCCUUUAAACUACAUUAACUAAAUCAAAUAUAAAUUCCAAAUUGAAGAACACUGUAAAUUACAUUAAACGGUUUGUCAUUAAUUCCUUUGUUAAAGAGCACUUGCCAACAUUAAAGCAUAAUAUUUUAUUUAA